AAUAGAAUGCCUAACCCCUGCUCUACCUGCUUAUCUUCUCUACACUGUGGACCCUGCUUCUCCUGAUCUACAAAUUAGAAGAAAGAAAAGGUACAAGAAAAUUCCCCGGGACAUAGAGCUGGAUUGGAGCCUUUCUUUGACUUUAUUGUUUCUAUUAAUGGUUCAAGAUUAAAUAAAGACAAUGAUACUCUUAAGGAUCUACUGAAAGCAAAUGUUGAAAAGCCUGUAAAAAUGCUCAUCUAUAGCAGCAAAACCCUGGAGUUGCGAGAGACAUCAGUCACACCCAGCAACAUGUGGGGUGGCCAGGGAUUGUUGGGUGUGAGCAUUCGUUUCUGCAGCUUUGAUGGGGCAAAUGAAAACGUUUGGCAUGUGCUGGAAGUGGAAUCAAAUUCUCCUGCAGCACUGGCAGGUCUUAGACCUCACAGUGAUUAUAUCAUUGGAGCAGAUACAGUCAUGAAUGAGUCUGAAGAUCUUUUCAGCCUUAUCGAAACCCAUGAAGCAAAGCCACUGAAGCUUUAUGUGUAUAACACAGACACCGAUAACUGUCGAGAAGUGAUUAUUACACCAAAUUCCGCAUGGGGUGGAGAGGGCAGCCUAGGAUGUGGCAUUGGAUAUGGUUAUCUGCAUCGAAUACCUACACGCCCAUUUGAAGAAGGAAAAAAAAUCUCUCUUCCAGGACAAAUGACCGGCACACCUAUUAGUCCUCUUAAAGAUGGGUUUACAGAGGUCCAGCUGUCCUCAGUCAAUCCUCCAUCUUUGUCACCACCAGGAACUACAGGAAUUGAACAGGGUCUGUCUGGACUUUCUUUUAGCCCAACUCCACCAGCUGUCAGUAAUGUUCUCAGUACAGGUGUACCAACAGUGCCAUUGUUGCCACCACCACAAGUAAACCAGUCCCUCGUCUCUGUGCCACCAGUGAACGCAGCCACUACAUUACCAAGUCUGAUGCCUUUGCCUGCAGGACUGCCUGACCUCCCCAGCCUCCCCAACCUCAACCUCCCCACACCUCAUCUCAUGCCAGGGCUUGGCUUACCAGAGCUCGGGAGCACAGGUUUGCCACCUCUUCCUGCCUUGCCUCCUCGAAGCCUAACUGGCCUCACACCUCUCCCCAUGCCAGCGGAGUUCCUCUCGUCGUUCCCCUUGGUUCCAGAGGGCUCUUCUGCAGCCCGCUCGGGGGAGCUGCUAUCUUCCCUCCCUCCUGCCGGCAGCCUAACUUCCGACCCCGUCACGACUACUGCAAAGGCAGACGAGGCCGCAGCACUCACUGUGGAUGUGGCGUCCCCUGCUCCCAAGGCCCCCACCACCAUGGAGGACAGAGUGGGGGACUCCACCCCAGCCAGCGAGCGGCCUGUGUCUGCCAUUACGGAUGUGAAUGUACCCGGGUCACCUUAACUUUGAACCAUUCUUCAGAACCAGCGUGGUGUAUUUAUUUAACCACGGAAGCUGUCUGGAAAUGCAAACUAUCAUUAAUUUCAUACUAGUUUGUACCGUAUCUGUAGGCAUCGUGUAAAUAAUUCUAAGGAGAAAUUAAGCAAAAAGACAUGGGUUUAUAUCCUGCCAAGUUGGGGUGGGGUCCACCACAGGGAAGAAAAUAUCAGAAAGUGCUUGUACUUCAAACAGCCAAACAGUUGUAAGGGUGGCUCGUCACCAGGCACCCACUGCCGUUCUGGGGUGUGCGUCUUUGGGAAAAGAGGUACCAGGGCGUCCACUAGGUUCCCUGUCUCCUGCCGCUCCUUCUGUACGGAAAUGAAAUAUUUUAUGCCUAGUGCU